AAUCCCAGCCUAUCCGCCGCUGCCCGGCGUUUCACGAGCCUCCCCGCUCCAACGCAGGCUAAAUGAACUGGAGACUCGCAUCUUCAAUUUCACAUUUUCCUGGUUACUUCAAUUUCAGAACAUACUUACCUACCUCACGAAACAUUUGGAAAACACUUCCGGUCCAACGACCAUGGGAAAUGUUGAAGUUAAGCUCCCAAACGCAAUGGAUUGGAAGCUCAAACCGCUCAUUACACAGUUAUUCGAAGGAAAAGGAAGACGACAGCUUUACGGAAUUGGGCCCUGCCGUGAACGAAACAGGUGUUUCAGAACUGAAAUUGUCAACAGAGAAGCCCGAGCGGUUUAGGUGGCAGAAUGGUUCUGUAAGGAAAAGCUUAGCCAACAAGGGUCAUCCAGUGAACAAGCGUGUGGGCGAAAAGGAAACACUCUCAACUCAUGAUGUAUCAGAUCACAUCAUGGCUCAACUCCUGGAUGCUUUUGGUGCAAAGAGGCCAGCUGAUAAAGUCAACCAUGUCGGUCAGCUUAUAUCAACAAUUAGAAUCAACGGGAUUAACAAAUGUGCAUCCAACAAUGAAAUACAUUCGCUCUGUAGAAAGGUUGGCAAUUUAGAAAGGUUGACAUGGGUAGGCAAGGCAGCUGUGGAUGCAUACUUUAAAGUGGGGAGUGAAUCAGAGUCAAUAGAAAUCGUAACGAAGUUAAAUGGUUAUACCAUUGGUGGCAGCCACUUAGCAGCAUCUAUCCCUUCAGGCAACUCUACAAAACCGAUUCCAAGAAAAAGAGAUAAAAGAAGUCUAUAGUUCGGCACUAGUGCACUACCCUCGAUAAUAGCUCAAAAGGCGAUUGGAGUUGAAGAAGGCAUACUGCGAUGAUUUAGAGUUGCUGCAUAAUAGUAUAUUGCACUGAUUCAAUGUUCUCCUAGUUGAGUGUUUAAUUGAUAUAUGGAUACAUCAUGGAAAGUACCCUUCUAAUUAGUCAUCCUCUUCGUCCUGCACAUUCACAUGGCAAAGUUGUUGCUGUUUAUAUAUUUUCUUUAAGCAUAGCUGGGUAGUUUAUUAAGACCAGCUCAGGUUAAUGUGACUCGUAGAACUUUUUAUUGUAAUGAAUGAACUAAGUUUAUCAAGAUGUGUUAAGUCUCACGACAGA